GUCUUUUACAAGUCGAAUGAAUUAAACCCUAAUAAGAAAUCUCAGAUGUGAAAUAAUCACUCUGGAGGAGGAGGAGAGUAAAUCAAUCCUGGCUGUCAAUUGCAGGAAUAAUAAUAAGAAAAAUGAAGGAAUCAAGUAUGAAAAGAACGGAUCCGACGGAUCGAAUCAGUGAGUUGCCUGAUACUGUUCUUUCUCACAUCUUAUCAUCCAUUCCUACGAAAUCUGUUGUAAGAACCAGCAUAUUAGCUAAAAGAUGGAGAUAUGUUUGGAAAUCAGUACCUGUUAUGGAUUUUGAUGAAAACCUCUUUCCACGCCAAACUGGUAAUGCUGAACAUGAGAACACCAGCUUUCUCAGUUUCGUUGAUCGGGUCAUGGAAUCACAGGAUGAUACCGAUAUAAGGAAGCUUCGUCUUGCGUUUUUCGAUGCUGAUAUUGUUCGAGUUAAUAAGUGGAUUCAGAUUGCCAUAGAUCGUAAUGUGCGUGAACUACUCAUAGAAACACCUAAAAAUUAUGUGGAGUUCACGGAAUCUCUUUUCUCUUGUAAUUCACUAGUUUACUUGAAGUUUGAUAGGUCCUAUGCUAACCUCAAACUUCCUGAAUCCUUUUGUUUUGGUAGCCUGAGAACCCUAUGUCUUAGUGCUGUUUAUUUCCCAGAGAAUGCUUUGCUUGUACAAUUUCUUUCUGGUUGUCCUGUCCUUGAAGAUUUGGAUAUGAAUGGAUGUCGAUGGAGUAUGUUAGAAUGUGAAGUUGAAAUUUCUUCUCCAACCGUUACAAGAUUCUCUUUAGAUGGUUCUUGCCCUGUGGUACGUAGCGAUGGUGAUUGCAAAAUGAAGGACCGGACCAUCAAGAUAUGCAUCCCAAAUGUCAAAUCUUUCAAAUACAUAGAUCACGUUGCGAAAGACUACAACAUGGAGAGUCACUUGUCUUUGGUUGACGCAUUUAUUGAUGUCAGAAUCGGAGAACCAUAUUGGAAUGAGGCAUAUGAGAAUUGUGGUUACUCUGUUGUCAAUCUUCUGAAAGGGGUUUCAAAUGCUAAAUAUCUAUCGUUGUCUGACUCGACUCUUGAGCUUUUGUGCGAGGCAUCUGAUUUGGUGGAGGUGCUUCCAAAGUUUCCUAAUCUCAAGAAAUUGGUAGUCGUCUCGGGCAGACACGAACUGCAUUUCAUAGCGAUAGCCUUCUUUCUACAGAGUUCUCCAGUUUUAAAGUCUCUUGAGAUACAAAUUGAGUCAUCUCCCAAAUACAAACACAUUUAUGACCAAGAAGAAGAGAGCUACGGAUUAGCAGAAGGUGAAGGUUUCGAGAAUCUAUAUCUACAUUGCCUCAAGGAAGUAAAGAUCAGUUGUUUUGGUGAUUCUGAACAUGAGCUUAAUUUUGUCAAACUGCUAUUGAGAGUUGCUAACAAAACAAAGAUAAACAUAAUCAAAGACAGGGGAGAUGAUAUAGAGAUCGUCUGCACAUAAACACUACGAAGUUUCUUUCUGAAGCAGUUUGAUGUUCCACUGUCAUGGUCUUGAGUCUCUUAUUGCCUCGUUAGAACUUAACACUGGGGUAAAACUUUCAGAAGGUCAAGAUUUUGCUUUUGUUCUUAGUUCUUUAGUUGGUGAAUAAGUGGAACCAAAAAGUUUUAGGGAUUCUGUUGCUAUUUUUCUCAUUACAAUGAUCCUCCAAAUCC